AAGUCGGUUUUUUGUGUCAUAGGAACCAAUUUUAUCGGUUUGCUUAUCGGAAACAAACCAAGCAGUACAUCGCUGUCAGAAUUGUAUUUUCGUUUUGUUAUUUCGCAUUCUGCAGGUUCUUAUUUUGCUUUAUGGGAAAACACAAGAAUAGCGUUCAAAAUUCCAUAAUCGUGGAGUUUAUGGAAAAUAACCCCGACAUCGCUAAGGGCUACACAAAACGAGAUAAGGCACUCGUUAACGCUCUUUGGCAAGAACUGUCAAAUUCUUUAAAUAGCGCAGGCCCACCCCAAAAGGACGCUAAUGGGUGGAAGAAGGCAUGGACUGAAUGGAAAAGUGAGAUAAGAAAAAAAUUAUCACAUAACAAAAAUGAAGCUCGAGCGACUGGUGGUGGGCCCUUCACUAAACAUCAACUGACGCAAUUGGAAGAAUCAAUCGUCCGUAUAUGUGGAAUUGAACGUUCAGUUUAUGGUGUUACAGGCGUUGCAAUUGGUCACGUCGAACCUUCAGAUGACCUUAUCGAAGAAGUACUCGAUGAAACGAACAGCGAUAUUCCGUCAACGUCAUCAAAGCGACAAAUGGAGCCUUGGAAGCACUCCAAAAAGGCCAAGAGUGGAGAGCACAGCAGAGAGUUUAAAAAAAUUUUUGAAAGAGGACAACGAAAUAAAAAUGGAAAUGAAUGAGAAAUUGGAUGAGCUAAUAAAAAUUGGCAAUGAAAACGCAAAAAGUUUUACACAUAUUCAUCGAGCAGUCGAAGACAUGGUAGAAUGUUGUACGCAAAUAUUAACCGUCAUGGAAGAAAAGAAUCAAAUAGAAAAACAGCGACUAGACAUCAGCAUCAAAAAAUUUGAUUUCCAAAGACAACUAAAUGGUUAUAACUAGGGUUGUGUGCUUAAUUUUUUAGUUAAAAAUUUAAUAACUUACCGAAUUACUUUUAAUUUUUCACUAAUCAAAACGGAAUAUAAUCCUUUAUCACAAACGAAUUUAUUCGAAUUCGAUUGGAGUGUAUUCAUAGUCAAAAUUAAGUUGAUGCUUAAAGUUAGUUGCAGCUUUUUGGCUUAAAUUUUAAUGGGUUAUCGGUCAAAAGAGCUACAUCUAACUUUAAAUAUCUACUUAAUUUUGAAUAUUACUGCGCCCCAUUGAUAAUAUUUUCAUUAUUCAAAUACUUUAAAUACCUUAUUUUGUUUUAAAUAGUUCCUUUUCCCAGCUUUUC